AUGGAGGGUGACCAUGUGAGCCGACUGCAACGUGUUGAUGCUGUUUCCUCUAGGUGUCGCUGGGGUUUCCUAAGGACCUGGUGCAGGAGCAGUGAGGACUAUCGUGACCACAUGCCUCAAAGCGAUGCAGACACUCCCUCUGCCUUGGCCAACGCUUUCCCUGCGGAGCGAGCGCGUCCUCAUUUGCGUGGCCCUUUCCUCUCCAUCCGCACGUUUGACAGUCAAAGCAGCCCACACCCGUGUCCCCGCCUCCCAACCACACGCACCUCCAGCUACAACCAGCGACUCCCAGCGCAACACCUACGAACCAUGGAGGAAAUGGACGUACCACAGAUGAGGAGAGAGGUGGAGAGCCUUCAGUACCAGCUGGCCAUCAACCGAGAGAAGUCUUCCAUAACGGUCACCGAGCUGGUGAAGUGGAUUGAGGGCUGUGUGUGCGAGGACCCCUUUCUGAACCCGGAGCUGAUGCGAGCCAACCCCUGGGUGGAGAAGGGAAAAUGUGUGAUCCUCUGA